AUGGCUGAGGUGUUUGGCACCCUAUCCGCCGCGCUGAGCGUGGCGGCCCUCUUCAACAACGCUGUCGAGUGCUUCGGCUACGUCCAGCUCGGGCGGCACUACGGGCGCGACUACGAGCGCUGCCAGCUCAAGCUCGACGUCCUCCAGGCGCGGCUGACGCAAUGGGGCGAUUCCGUGGGCGUGCACGACGAGACACGUUUCGCACCGGCCGACGAGGCGACCAUCCGCGUCCGGACCGUGCUCGAGGAAAUCAGCUUGCUGUUCCAGACGGCCCGCAAGACGUCCGCGCGGUAUGACAUCGAGGAAAAGCCGUCUCAAAAUCGUUGGCCGUUGCUGGACAACAUCGUCCAGGGCGUGCUGCGGCGGAAAGGAAAGGACCGCCAGCGGGCGAGCUCCUUUCGACAGAAGAUGAAGUGGGCGCUCUACGACGGCAAGGAGUUUCAGCGGCUGCUGACGAACCUGGGCGGCUUCGUCGAUGAUCUGGAGAAGCUGCACCCGGCCGAGAGGAGGCAGCAGCAGCAGAGCCAGCCACCGGAUGCCCGCGAAGCCCACGAAGCCCAAGAUGCCCGCGAAACUCAAAAUUCCCGCGAACCCCGAGAUGCCAGCGAACAACGAGAUGCCAGCGAACAACGAGAUGCCCACCCGCAACGAGAUGCCCGCGAUACACUGUCGGACACCACAACGGCCGUUGAAGACGAGAGCCGCCGCGACUCGGCCAAGAGCGACGAAACUCUGGUCAUGGCGGUCGCGGAGAAUGUCGUCGUCGAGGACAAGGCGCGGGUGCGUGUCGGCAACGAGUACUCAGCGAAAGUGACAGUUGGGACGCUGGCGGACAGACCGGGGCUGGUCAAGGCUCACACAGUCGAGGCCAAGGGGACAUCGCGGGUGCAGGUUGGACACAGUUAUGGGUUUGGAAGUAUUUUUGAUGACUGA